UGGAGGUGGGAGAACGCAAGCGCGUUACCGCAGCACACAGGAGCUGAAUGAUCACUAUGGCAACAACAGCAUCAGCAUCAGUACCAGCAGCAGAAGCAGCCGUGAGCCGCUCAUGUCCGUGUCAACAUUGAGACCUGCCGUAGUCACACACACUCCCUCCCUCUGAACUAAUGACAUAGGAUCAAAGCGGGUGCGUGGAUCACGCCUACAGGGUCGCACAGCAGCGUCGUCGCACAGGCAGGUGAUGGAAUAGAUGAUGUCGGAAGUACAGGGCACUGUGGAGUUCUCGCUGGAGUUCCACAAGUUUCACAAUGUGGAUCUCUUCCAGAGAGGCUUCUAUCAGGUGAGGGCAAGUCUACGCUUGUCUCCUCGUGUUCCCCACAGAAUCACUGCCACGACACCUGGAUACACAGGCGAGUGCAGUUUCAGCAGCGCUGGGGUUCAUGAUGGUGGAGUGUUCAGUCGGAUCUUUCAGAUCCUGUACAGGAAUGAGGAGGUGUCCCUGGAGGAUCGCAUGAACUUCAGAGUGCACCUGCUGCUGGACGGGGAGAGGGUGGAGGAAGCCGUGAGUGAGGUGGACGUCCAGCUCAAACUAGAUCUGCACUUCACUGACAAUGAACAGCAGUUGGCGGAUAUCUCUUCAGUGCCUCUGAUUAGCAGCAGGACGUUGGGUUUGCACUUCCAUCCACACCAAGGCCUGCACCAUCACCUUCCCGUCAUGUUUGACUACUUUCACCUGUCCGUCAUCUCCGUCUCAAUCCACGCCUCCCUGGUGGCACUGCACCAACCACUGAUCAGUUUUGCGCGCAGUGGUAGGGGGGCUUGGCUAGGUAAAGGAUCUCCAGAGAGUGAAGCUCCGCCCUCUGCAAUGUCAGUGGAGAAUCUGAUGUUCGGGGCGGGAUACUGCAAACCUGUUCCAACAGAGGGCAGUUUUUAUGUGCCAUCGGAGAACUGUCUGCAGAGAGCUUACACGUGGCACCGGCGCAUCUGUAAACUGUUGCUGGUGGCUCACAGAGCUCUGCGCUCAUAUUACACAGCACUAAUGAAGGAGAUCCCUCAACUGCAAAGCAUGGAGAUGGAGGAUCUUCCCCUUGAAGAAACAUUAAACCAGCUGACUAUUGAACUGCAGCUGCAAAGUGGCCAUGAGAAGGUAGCUGAACAGAUCAGUAAAGAUCUGACGCAGCUCUGUGCUCAGCUGUCUGCUCUUUGGACACAGUUUUUGGAAGCCACGGUUCCUAAUCCACAUAUCCGCUCAUACCUGGCCCAGGAGCACCACACGCUAAGGGUCAGGAGAUUUUCUGAAGCGUAUUUCUUCACGGAACAUCCCAAAGAGUCCUCACUUACAUUUCAGGAGGAGCUUAUCAACAGACACGCACAGGUGGCCACAGAGAUGCGCAACUCUGAUUACCUGCUCCGAAUGCCUCCACUUCCUGUGGAAUGCCUGGACAUUGACGGAGACUGGAGCAGCCUGCCAAUCAUCUUCGAGGACAGAUACGUGGACACGCCCUGUUUAGACUACAACGUCCAUGAGCAAAAUCAGUCUGUUUUGAACUCUCAACCAUGCCCUGAGCUAACCAGAACUAUCAGUACAGUUGAAGGAACACAUGACACCAAUUCACCAGCACCACCCCCUGAGAAACCUCCCUGUGAAGAUUGCAUGGAUUUGCCCACUUACAUGGCGCUGAUUGGCCAGCAGGAGGAUUGCAUCACUGAUUAUAAAGAGACAAGACCUCAAGGAGAGACUCUGAUUGGCCAUGUGUGUGAGACAGAUAUUGAUAGAAGCGAAUGCAUCAUGACAAGUAGCGAUUCAAGAAAUGAGUCUGUCGAUGAAGCCACAUGCCAAUGUGAAACCGAGGAAGGAUUUGAUGUUGAAUGUAGGUCUGUAGACAGCGAUGACGCAAUAGAUACAGGUAACCUGGAGAAAACUAGCUGCCAAAAAGAAACCGAUGACUUUGAUGAAUCUGAUCAUGCAGGUCUAAAACAAACUAAUAUUACCCAAAGUACUGAUUUUAGUAGCAGACAGGCAUUGCUGCUUGUUCCAGCAGAUGCUGCAGAACUUCCCGACCUCACGAGUCUUGACAGCUUCGAGUUCUUGCCCAAUCAUAACCAUGACAACCAUCUUCAAACACCAGGCAAUACUGGGAGUCUUGGCAACGAGGAGCCACAGGCAGUAUUAGAUGACAGAUACAUUGAAGCACCUGCAAAGGAUUAUGGGAGCAAGGAUACAUCACCAGCUAAUCUACUGAACACCAAGUCUCUUGGAACCAAUCCUUUAGCCACGUCCCCUUCUCGUAACUUUCUACAACAGAACCGUCGCUUGUCCGAAAACCCGCCCAGGGGCGUAUUCUUGGGCGGGUCUAAGCUAAUGAACCGCUCCUCCUCUGUGAUCUCAGACUCCGGUAUUGAGAGCGAGCCAAGCUCUGUAGCCUGGACCCUGGAGGGUCGAGGAGUUGUCGCAGGGGGUCGUGACGUCUUGCAGAACUUGGCACGGCAUCAGGCGGUGCAUCAGAGCUCUCUGGAGGGCUUACAGACGGAAAGUCACGGCAGCCUGCCCAGUGCCACACAGGCCUCUUUGACCUCCAUAAGCUCGCUACCGUACGAAGAAGAGGAUGAGAGGCAGCUCAACACUUUGACCAAAUCCGCCUCAGCGCCGCAGAUCAGCAGCCCUGACGACACCGAGGAGGAUCGUGAAACACCUAAUCAGGUGGUCUGUGUGGUCAAUCAGCUGAGGCUGAGUGAGGAAGCAGCUAGUGAGGUGAAGCGGAAUCUUUCUAGGGAGGACAAAGAGGAAACAACCGAUCAAGAGAAGGGGGAUGUUAGUAUGGCCAAUCAGUUGAGGCUGAGUGAGGAAGAAGCCAAAGAGGUGAAGCUGAAUCUUCAAGGCAAUACUAGGGAGGACAGAGAGGAAUCAAUCUAUCAGGAGAAGAGGAAUAUUUGUGUGGCCAAUCAGCUAAGGCAGAGUACUGAAGCAGCCAAUGAGGUGAAGCAGAAUCUUCAAGGUGUUACUAGUGAGGACGGAAACGAAACAAACAAUCAGGAGAUUGACACAGAUGAGUCGUCCAAUCAGGAAAAGACAGAUCUUGCUUUUGUAAAUACAGAAAUGUUACUAUACCAGCAAUUUUUGUUGGAUAAUGGUGUUGAAAAUGCCACAGUGGAGGAACUGACUGAAAACUCUGAGGAUUGUCUAGGAAACGUUUUGCUUAAAGAGUAUUCUGGUGUAAUGGAUGACAACAUGGAGAUCUGUAGCUGUGAAAAUGAACACUGCAAACACAAAGGGGUGCUAGAGUUAAAUGCAUAUCAAAAGGACCAUGAUGACAUCAGUGUAUGUAACAUUCAUUUGAAUGAACUAAUGAACCCAGAUUUACCAACCGAUGACAAGAGCAGUCACGGAAUUACUGCUAAUGAGAAAGAAAGGCCCGCAGAUCUCAUCAAGCUUUUGGCCAAUGAGAGAGAGCAGCAGGCACUAGAGGGGCAGAGCAGAGCCAAUAAAGUGCAAAGUACAGGUCUCGCAUUCAUGAAUAAAAAAGUGGUGGAGGUUGUGAACCUGUCGGUGUCGUGCGCUCCCACAUGUUUGCCCUUCUCGUCCGUACUUCGUGAUUCACCGUCAGUCAGUGGAAUCUCCACACGCCAAGCCACCUCCCCCAUUACCCAUCAACCCCUGGGCUCCUUCGGAAUCAUCUCCUCCAACACCUUCCUUGGUGCUGACCAGGAAAUCAACGAGAGAAUGAUUAACUUCUAUAAGGCAAAGGAAGCCCUGCUGAGUGAGCUGGUGUUCAGAGGCACUCUCUACAGUGACCUGCCUUACCUCGCCUCUGAUCUUCCAUACUUCCCCCCUGAGGAAGACGACACAGAGUUUGAGGAUGGGAUACACCUCGUGGUGUGUGUCCAUGGACUUGAUGGUAACAGUGCAGAUCUGCGGUUGGUCAAGACAUUUAUAGAGCUCGGGCUGCCAGGAUCUAGACUGGACUUCCUCAUGUCAGAACGCAACCAGGUGGACACAUUUGCAGAUUUUGACACCAUGACUGACAGACUUAUGGACGAGAUAAUUCAGCACAUCCAGCUGUAUAACCUCACCAUCCACCGAAUCAGUUUUAUCGGACACUCUUUGGGGAAUGUCAUCAUUCGCUCUGUUCUGACCCGACCCAGAUUUCGCUGUUACCUCUGUAAACUCCACACUUUCCUGUCCCUGUCUGGACCCCACCUGGGAACACUGUAUAACAACAGCACGCUGGUCAGCACAGGUCUAUGGCUAAUGCAGAAACUGAAGAAGUCUGGAUCCCUACUGCAGCUUACGUUCAGGGACCACACUGACCCACGACAGACCUUCCUCUACACGCUCAGCAAGAAACCAGGUCUGCAGUUCUUCAAGAACGUGGUGUUGGUGGCCUCCCCACAGGACCGAUACGUGCCCUUCCACUCGGCCCGCAUUGAGAUGUGUCGGACAGCCCUUAAAGACAGAACCACAGGUCCAGUAUAUACAGAGAUGAUCAAUAACUUACUCCAGCCAUUGCAGAGCGCUCCAGACUGUCGUUUGAUCAGACAGAACGUGUUUCAUGCGUUACCGAACACGGCCAACACACUGAUCGGACGCGCAGCUCACAUCGCGGUGCUUGACUCUGAACUCUUCCUGGAGAAGUUUCUUCUGGUAGCCGGGCUCAACUACUUCAAAUAGCCGAGCUUUAGAGAUGACAUCAUGCCUUGAGUUCUGUUGGAGAGCCAAUCAGAUUACAUUUCAAAUCAGCCAAUCACAUUUCAUUUCAGAGUCAUAACGAGCUCUGGAGUUUUUUCAAUAAGUUCAGCCUGUGGACGCAAAGAAAACAGAAAUUGAAGAUUCAGACUGUGAAUCUGAAUACACGUAUGUAAAAUCUGUACAGAAAGAACACUGUAUACUAAGCAAAUAGAGGAAACUAACAGCUGGAGGCCUACACUCGCCUUAACGAAGCUUUGACGUAGUAACUUAACAUUGAAUAAUCAUAACUGGAGAGUUAAUCAUUUGAAUGUAAAUUCGGUGUGUAGCUGGUGUUGUAACAACAGCCUUGGUUCUUCAUUCCCUCCAGUCACCGAACGUAUAUUUGCUGCGCCGUUCGUAACUUGAAGUUGAUCUCACUGGAAUUUAAUACUUGAAGAGUAAAUUCAGUCAUUCACCUGGCGUUUGAGUUUCGCGUUAUGAGAACGCUUCAGUGUUUUUAAGUUUCAUUUUACUGAGUCAAUCUUUUAUAGUUUGUGUGUUUUGACCGUCAUGUUGUGAAGUGUGAAUCUCACUGUGAAAUAAGCCAAAUCCAUUGUUUUUUGUACCGUGAUGGAAUACAUUCCCCUGUAACAGUAUUCAUUUGGUGAACGGAGAUCAUGAUCUGAAUGUGUUUACCAUUCCAGCCUUAACUAUCACAAAGUGAGUAUUUCUCAACAUCUUCUAUCAUUUCAGUGUUUCGUUGAUUCAUUUUAAACGGUUAGUUCAAUAGAAUGAACAUUCUGUCAUCAUUCCAAACCAGAGUUCUUCUUUCUUCCAUGGAACAACAAAGGAGUGUUGGGUGUCCAAAAACUCCAAAAAUGACAACAUAGCCCUAUAAAAACAUAAAAAAAAAAAUAAAAAAAAAAAAAUUAAAUCAAUACAUUCAUGUAAGACAUUUUCAAUUUAUUUUGCUGCAGUUUAACUGAUUGUGUGAGCAUUCAUAUCUAUAUCCUUAUAAAUACUUUAGGAUUGGAUGAACUCCAAUGUAUGGGAAAGAUGUUUUGCCAUCACACUUGACAGAAAAUGCAUUUCCUUAUGUGAUGCUUUUGUCAAUACUCCUCCGAACAUUAACAUAAUACUUUCAUCUUUACUUAUAGUGUUUGCAAGGCAGGGUAGAGCGAUACUUGCAUACUUGAAUUGUAAUUGGUUUUCUUUUUACACACAUCCAAUCAUUUAUAGCCUCAUUUACACUAUACUUAACAUAGAAAUUGAUUUCGUGCACAAAUGACAGAAAAUAUGUUUGUAUGAAAAGGUUUUGACUAUAUGGAAAGGUUUAAAGCGGAUCAAAGUCAAAAACCUUUACUAAACUAAUAUUCAGAAGUUUAGGGUUGGUAAGAAAUUUUAAAAUUAUUAAAACAGUCUCACAAUUAUUAAAAGAGUCUCAUAUGCUCACAAAUGCUGCAUUUAUUUGAUCAAAAAUACAGUAAAACGCAGUAAUAUUGUGAAAUAUUAUUACAAUUUAAAAUGACUGUUUUCUAUUUGAUAAUAUUUAAAAUGUAAAUUUAUUU